CCAGAGUCUGGAACAUCUUGUGAUUCAUACAAACAGGACAGAGCACACUGGGAACAAGACAAAUAAGAUUUAAACCCUACUGGCAAGCAACUUUCAAGAGCAAAGACAUGCCGCCCCGCUAAGGGUUAACAGAAAGAGAGAAAGCCUUCCUAGCCUGAAGCUGCUGGUUAAAUGAUUACUGCCCUGCCUUUCACCUGUCUCCUUCUGGAAGCUGGGGAUUUGAAUACCCUUCAAGUAUGUUUUGCUGCAGCCAUUUUAUGUUCCAACAGGCUUCCAAAAUGCAAGCAGUGAAUUACCCGAACCUGCAAACACCCAGGAGAGGAAUUAAAGUUCUGCUUUGCUAAACUGCAUUGCUGCAUUUCACAUGUGGUCUACAAAAUGAGUGAACUGUGCUUGAGUGGACAUCGCAUGAAGAUUGGCCCCCAGCUGCACUCCUGUCUAUGUGAUAGAAGUAACUAUGCAAAGGUCCUCAGCUAACAAAUUACUGCUGUUCUUUAGAAGCAACACAUCCACGGUGAUUUUGUUUCCACUGCCAUUUGGGUCCUGUUACUCUCAAAACUGCCAUAAAUGAGCCCUCAGGAAAAGCGACAAGGAGGUACAAAAGAUGCAGCGGCUCUGGGCUUAUGGCACGUGUUGUUCGCGGUGAGGCAGCUCCCACGGCUCGUGUUUGUGCAGGGGGCUUGCGGCUUCCUCUCCGCGGCGGGGCGGAGCGGGGCGGCGGGCCCGGGCGGAGCCUGCCGCUCCUCCGCCCCGGCCGCCAUGGCCGCCCCGCCACCGCCGGAGCCCCCCCCGGCCGCCAUGGCCGCCCCGCCACCGCCGGAGCCCCCCCCGGCCGCCGCCAUGGCCGCCCCCCCGGCCGCCGCCGUGGCCACCCCGCCGCCGCCCGCCCGCCGCUGCGGCCGGCUGCCCGCCGUCGAGCCGCUCCUCUUCCUGGCCACGGUGGCCCUCGGCCUCCAGGGCCCGCUCGCCACGCAGUACCUCUGGGACCGGCUGGGGGCCGACCUCGGCUACAGCGGCCUCAACGCCAGCGGCGCCGCCGGCUGCGGGAACGGCAGCGGCAACGGCAGCAGCGGCGCCGACGGCCCGCGGCAGGAAGUGGAGGCCUUAGUCUCCCACUGGAACCUUUAUAUCAAUCUGGGAGGCUUCUUCGUUGGUCUCUUCUCUGUGACUCUCUUUGGGCCAUGGAGCGACAGCGUAGGUCGCCGUCCAGUGCUUGUCCUGCCUGCAGCAGGUAUGGCCUUGCAAGCCGCCAUCUAUCUUCUCGUCAUGUACCUGCGGUUGCACGUUGGCUAUUUUCUCCUUGGACGCAUUUUGUGUGGCCUCAUGGGAGACUACAACCUGAUCCUGGCUAGCUGCUUCGCCUACGUGGCUGACACCAGCGACAAACGCGCGCGUACGUUUCGCGUAGCCAUUCUCGAGGCCUGCCUUGGCAUAGCAGGCAUGUUAGCCAGCAUUGGUGGUGGCCAGUGGCGCAAAGCGCAGGGGUACAUCAACCCCUUUUGGCUGGUGUUUGCUGCCAGUCUUGCUGCUGCUCUCUAUGCUGUUUUCUGUCUUCAGGAAUCAGUGAAGCAGCGGAAACCAGCCAAGCUGUUCACUCUCAGUCAUUAUAUGGCUGUGUACAGGCUAUACACAACUCCAGAGCGCCAGAGCUCCGGGCAGAAGCUUGCACUCUACUCCUUGGCUUUCUUUCUUAUUGUCACUGUGCACUUCGGAACCAAGGACCUCUACGUUUUGUAUGAACUUGGCUCCCCUCUUUGCUGGGCCUCUGAUCUCAUCGGGUAUGGUUCAGCUGCUAGUUACCUGGCUUACCUGAGCAGCCUGGCAGGGCUGCGGGCCCUGCAGCUGUGCCUUGAAGACACCUGGGUGGCAGAGAUAGGACUGAUCUCCAAUAUUUCUGGCUUGGUUGUGAUUUCUCUUGCUGCUACAACGCCACUGAUGUUUACAGGUUAUGGGAUUCUGUUCCUUUCCAUGGCAGCCACUCCAGUCAUCAGAGCCAAACUCUCCAAGCUGGUGAAUGAGACAGAACAGGGUGCUCUCUUUGCUUCUGUUGCCUGUGUGGAAGGGCUGUGUUCACUUGUGGCUGCAGGAGUGUUCAGCUCUCUCUAUCCUGCCAGCCUGCACUUCAUGAGAGGAUUCCCCUUUCUCUUUGGGGCUCUGAUUCUUCUUAUUCCAGCAGCUAUUAUUGGGUGGAUAGAAAUCUGGGACUCAAAGCUUGAAUACAGUCACUUCUCACAUGCUUCCCUGUCACUUCCACACGGCUGAACAGUGACAUAGCAACAACGGAUUGGCUGGCUCAGCAGCAUCCAUCUCCUGACUGCUAUGUGUUCUUCCCUUGGAGAACAGAUCAGUGUGUGAGGGACACCUUGGUUGUCCUUGCUAAUUUUUAAAUGCCAAGUAGUUGGAAAUCAUGGCUCUCUACUAGGAACUUGAUUUGCAGGUGCGAAUGCCUCCUCACUGUUCUGUUGAUUCGUCUGUCAGGGAAAACCCAAGAGAUUCAGACUCAAAAGCUAAUCAAGAAUAAAAACUAUUGUUGGCCAUUUGCAAGGCCAGUUAGUGAUUUCUUUUCUUUUUUUUUUUUCUUUUUUGGAGUUUUUUGUGCCAUGCUUUUAGUGAUGGGAGAGGAUGGAAUUCUCACCUAACUGCCAAGCAUGUUCCCCUCUGAUUACUGCAGUGUGCAGCAGAUCAGCUGUUGGUGUGGGUGAGACUUGUAGAGCAGAACUGAAGCAGACAGGUAGCCCAAUGGUGUGCUGCCAAGAAGAGAUCUGUCUUCCAAAUCAGUGUGUUGUGAAUAAAAGAAUCAUGUUGAAUGUCAUAGGCCGUGCUAGGCUCCUGCAAAAAUCCUUGUAAUAAGCAGUAGUUUUUCACAGGUGUGCUAUUAUUGUCACUAUUUAGUAAACUGAUUUUAGUUUCACAAGUGAGAGGGGUCCUUUAUGACAUCUAAUGCAUGAAGUGCUUGUAGUUGCAAAUGCCAGUGCCACAUCCUGUUUGUCCACGUGCAACUCAGCCCACGAUUUCAAAGGUCCUUAUGAGAAGUAAGAGGUCAGGUGAGAAUACUAAGGUACAAGCUGGUACCUUAAUUGACAGAGCCUGAAACUGAUAAAGUUAAGGAUAAAAUUGACAAAAUUGGGCCCCCUAAUUUAAGGGCCCACCUUUGAGGAGCGUGUGCUAGAAGGCCUGUGAAACUGCUGCUGUGUUUAUGGUAGAGGCAGGAGCAGUCCUCUCUUAUUGGUAGACUGUGCUGUUGGGAUGAGCUGAUGUGGGGACAGGACUGGUAUCUUUAGAGGUGAAAUUUUACAUUGUGGGGGGCAUGAUUUUUUGUCUGUGACCUCUCUUGGGCUGAGCUUCUCAGGAUAGGUUGAUGCCAGCAAGCCACUUACGUAGUUGUUUGCCCAAACCCCAAUGUUCGUAUUAUUUCUAAUUGUUCUUUUAAAAGCAUUAAGUAUUGCCUCAAUCAUAUUUUCUUCAAACUGUAAUAAACCAAUAGUUCUGAUAAGCAUUGUACACAGUGUUCAGAGAUGUAGGCAAUAAUGUCCUUACUGUGAAAUUGCUUGGCAGAUGUGUUACUUCCAGAAUUAAUAAAGUGUCCAUUUUCUUUUAUGGCUCAUAAAAAAGA